AUGUGCAAGCGUGUUACUGAGAAAUACUCCGUUUGCAAGUGCGUCUACUAUCAGCACGGUGUUGACGCCUGCGCAUCAAAGCAUAUGGGAGGCCACGUUAUAGAAGAGAAGGUUGUCCUUGUUGGAUAUGCCUGCCCGUCACAUAUGCCUCCGCCGGGAGGUCGUGUUGGAGUCUUGCCCAGCCCUACCUGCGAGAGUUGGAAAUAA